AUGGGUGCGGGCAUGUCAUGGUUCUCCAACUUGCUGUGGGCAAAGAAGGAGAUACGAAUCCUAAUUCUGGGUCUUGACAAUGCCGGCAAGACGACGCUACUGUACAGGUUGAAGAUCGGCGAAGUCGUCACGACGAUACCGACCAUCGGCUUUAACGUCGAGUCCGUGACGUACAAGAACCUCAACUUCAAUGUCUGGGACCUGGGAGGUCAAACGAGCAUCAGGCCAUACUGGCGGUGCUACUACGCCAACACGGCCGCCGUCAUCUUCGUCGUUGAUUCGACCGACAUUGAGCGAUUACAAACUGCUUCCGAGGAGCUGUCCGCCAUGCUCAACGAGGAGGAGCUCAAGGACGCGUCCCUGCUGGUGUUCGCCAACAAGCAGGAUCAGCCUGGUGCCAAGGGCGCCGGCGAGAUUUCCGAGGCGCUGCGUCUCGGGGAGCUGCGAGAUCGUAACUGGAGCAUCAUGGCCUGCUCGGCCGUCGACGGCAGCGGCGUGAGUGAAGGCAUGGACUGGCUGGUGCAAACCGUCGCGCAGGACUGA